AGGGAUAGGGAAGCAGAUUAGCUGAGGUUGUCUGUUUAUAAAAUGUGGGGAUUACUUUUGUAUUGGAUAUAUCUGCUUUAUAAAUUUCAAAGUGAAGGAAACCAUUGACUUGGAUUAUGUGAAUAACAGUGGACUCUGGUUUUGCAAAAUAUCUUCUUUAUUGUUCUACUGAAAAACUACCAACAUAUAUUGCAAGGCCUGAGGAAUGUGUGAUGUUAAUACAGGAAGUACUUUAAUAGUCCAUCUGAUAAGUCAGUAUAUUGUCUUCAUACAGCAAGUCUCAAAUCAUCAGCAGUUGCUUCAGUACAGAAUCCACAUCCAUGAGAUAUUUGAACAAAUCUGUUUUCAGCAAAGAUUUUACACUGGUUACACCAUUACCUCAUUUCUGAUGUGUGUUUCCUAAGAUGACUGAUCUUACUUUAAUGAAAUGAAGAUGGAACAGCAAAUCAUUAUUUUCAUUUGUUUGUUAAAAGGUGUUUGGUGUGGAGAUUUGAACAUCAGUCUGCCAGAGAAGAUUGAAGCUCUGAGAGGAUCCUGUGUGACCAUAAACUGCAGCUUUGAUAUUGAUAACAAAUAUGACAAAGAUCUCACUGACAGUGCUGCAGGAGUGUGGUAUAAAGAUGGGAAUGAUACAAAGAAAAUGUUUGACUCCAACAAGCCUAAAUUCUUAUUUAAAUGGAAAAUAACUGGAAAAUUAAAAGACAAGGACUGUACUACCAUUUUUUAUAACGUUACUUCAAAAGACAAAGGCAGAUAUAAGUUCAGGAUUGAGGGCAAUGGUAAACCGAAAUAUACCUACAAACAAUCUGUUUCAAUAAAUGUGAUCGCCUCUCCCCGCAAACCCAAAGUGAAGAUGUUUAAGGAUCAGAUGAAGGUUGAGGUUCAGGAGGAGGUGUUAGAGGGGAGCUCUAUGUGUCUGCGCUGCUCUGAUAAGACUCUCUGCUCCUCUUCUCCACCAACUCUUACAUGGAGCUCCACUGAUGGACUCCACCUCAAUGAGAACAGCAGACUACAGCUGGAUAAGAAGAAACAAACUGAGAUCAUCUCUGAUCUGAACUUCACUGCUACUCACCUUCAACAUGGAGUCACUUUCAUCUGCACUAUAACCUACCAGCUACAGCAGAGGAACGCAACAGCACAGAGAAACAUCACAUUACAUGUUCAGUAUGCUCCUAAAAACACAUCAGUGUCUGUGUUUCCAUCUAACUCUGUACUGGAGGGCAGUUCAGUGACUUUGAUCUGCAGCAGUGAUGGAAAUCCAGCAGUGUUCAACUACACCUGGUACAGAGAGAAUGGAGGACAGCCGGAAGAGCUUCAGACUGGAUCUAAUCUCACCUUCAAUGUGACUGAUCAUACACACACAAGACUCUACUACUGUCAAGCCAAAAACCAACAUGGCACCCAAAACACAUCAGUGUUGCUGGACAUUCAGUAUGCAGCCAAAAUCUCUCUCUUCAUCUGUAACAGAACUGAUGUAACUGUGUGUUUGUGUGAGGCUCAUGGGAAUCCCUCUCCUAAAGUGGAGUGGUUUCUAUCUGGACGUCCUGUCAGUAACUCUACAAACACAUUCAUCAGUGAGGAGCGAUUGAGCAGCACAGACUUGAGGAGCUUCAUUUCUCUCCAUCAGUCACUUACACACACAGACACUCUGCAGUGUGUCAUCAUAAACACUCACAGCAUCGCCAGUCAACAGAUUCAACUGCUUCACUGUUCUCAUCAUGAGACAAGUAAGUUCUCUGUUUCAACCUCUACCUGA